CGAUGCCAACCCAAUUAAUAUCAUGCCCGCAAAAGCAAGUGAUUAGAAAAUAUAUACGAAAUGUACCGUGUUCUCAAAAAAAUGGAAGGCGGGUGACGUGUCCAGAAGCUAAAAAAUUAGCAAGGCAGGAGAUCCCCUCCUCGAAACGAUCUCAAGUGAAAUAUCCGCAAGUGUCGGCCUGCGUGUCGAAACAAUUGUCGAAAUGUAUGCCGAAAACGUGUCCGGAGAGGGAGCGUAAAAUUUCGACUAUAGGAUGCCCGAAAUGCGAGAGCAAUCGUAUUCAAAAGUUGGAAUGCGAAGUGUAUCAAUUGCGGAAAGAGAUCGAAUACAUGAAGAACGAGCGGAAAGAGGCCGAGAAGGCGAUCCAGAAGGCGAUUCUUCGAAGCGCGUGCGCUAUCGGCGGCUUUAAGCCGAUAAUACAGGGAUCGAUCGAGAAACUUUUAGACGUUUGCAACCGUACUGGAUCAUCCCAAUCCAUGUCCUCGGUCACUUUCUGCGCCAGCAAGUCACCCACCCUCCACACGUGCACCAACAAAUCGUCGAGGAGAAGGGAUAUCAAUUAUUGCGAAAAUUAUUAAAAUUAUAAUUUCAUUCGAGUUUGCACUCCGUCGAGAAAAAUUCCAUGUGUACCUUUUAGAAUGGUGUAAGCGCCGUUUGCAAUA